CCUCGAUCUUUGAAUUUUACUGCCGUAUCUGUUGUCUAAUCUCUCUUCCAUUCCUCCUUUAACCUGAUUUUGCUUCAACUCAACUUCUUGAUGAACACCGUCAUCGUCGUUUCUCUCAUGUUCCCCACCCUCCUACACACAGAAACCUUUAUCUUCGCCUUAUGGCCUUAUUCGGUUUCGAUUUUUAACCACCAGUCGGACAAUAAUUCGCAUUAGUGUAUAUCGAUUCAUAAUGGCGUCAACAUCAACAACCUCUAAUUCCUCUCCGCAACCAGAAAAGGUGGAUUCUGAUGACACGCCGAAAAAGGUAGUAUUUGGCAUAGAUAUAGGUGGCACUCGUACUCGUAUUGCGCUGAUGCGACUUGACGAAAAUGAUAAGGACGAUUUCGGAGUGAAAGUCGUCAAAGAAAUUCCAUCGGUUGUUUCAUUUCUGAAAGAUGGUAAAUGUCUGGUUGGUUGGGCUGCUGAAAAAAGAACAGUUGCAAGUCCUUUGAAUACGUUCUAUGCGACCAAACGAUUGAUAGGCAGAUGCUACGACGAUUCUCUAGUUCAAGAUACAAUGAAUCACGUCGGUUAUAAAAUCUAUGAACACUCCGACGGAAAUGCCUGCUUAGUCAGCAACAACGGAAACCGAGUAUUGACUACAGCGCAAAUAGAAGCUCUAAUUUUAUUAAAACUAAAAGAAUUUUGCGAAAAGGAAGUGAAUAUUAAUAUUCCUCUGGAAAAUAUCGUGCUCACUGUUCCUCCAUAUUUCAACGAUAAUCAAACACAAGUUAUCAAAGAAGCCGCCUCAAUCGCUGGAAUGAAUGUGUUGGCUGUAAUAAAUACUCCUAUUGCUGCCUUUCUGUCUUAUGGGCCGACUUUUGAAAGUUUGACGGGUAGUAAAACUGUGGUUGUUUACGAUUUUGGAGGCAGUAGCUUUUACGUAACCGUUUUAAAAAUCAAUAAAGAAGAUACCAAAUUUGAAGUGAUGUCGACGGUGGGAGAUCUAUUUCUGGGAGGCGAAGUUUUUGAUGACAAGUUAACCGAUUAUUUGGUCACCGAAUUGAAACGUGAAACUGGUAUCGAUGCUACGCUAUGUACGACUACUAUGCAGUAUCUCAAAUUGUCAGCCAGAAACGCUAAAAUGGAUUUAUCCUAUUAUACCAAAGUCGACGUGAAUUUUUGGGGUAUGCAUUUGAAUUCGUCCACUCAAACAUCGCAGAUUAAACGUAUAACCAUAAAGGUGACCAGAGAUAAAUUCGAAGAAUUGGUCGCAGAAUCUAUCGACAAAACCCGUAGUCUGUGCCAAAAAGCGUUAGAAGACGCCAAAAUAUCCGUAUCAGAUAUCGAUGAAGUUUUAGCAGUCGGUGGUACAAGCAGGAUACCAAAGGUACAAGCCACCGUUGAAGAAAUUUUUGGUAAAGCGCCCACUGGAAGUGGGGGUUUGGUCAUCGAUCGUGCUAACGCCGUUGUAGCCGGAGCAGCCUUUCGAGGCAUUAUAGCAUCAGAAAUUUCCGACGAACAACAACCUGCACCUGCUGCUCCGUCAAUCAGUAUUCCAAAACUUGUGAACGAGGAUGAUGUAUUCGAUUUUAAACUAUCGGAUGAUGUUAGUACAGAUCGGCAAUCGAUUCUAAAAAAUUUGAUAGAAUCGCACUAUUUGGACAUAUAUACGGCGGAACACGCGGAUGCGGUUGUUUAUAAAAAGUGUAAGCCCGCUCCAGGACACCCUCCUGAUGAUGAAGAUGUUCAUUACAUUAGAGUCUACGAGAUGUUGAUGGAUAAAAGAAGAGAAUCUGGAUGCGACGAAUUACCCCAAGAAAUAGAAGAUACAAUUAAUUCGAUAAAACAGAAAAAAGAUGAAUUCGUGGAAAGAGAACUAGUUCGUAUGUUACCAUCACCAGGCGUGACUAAAUCGCUUUUCGAAUAUAAACUGUCCCUAAUAGAUGAUUGAAAUCUGCAAUGAUUGUUGUUUUUUGGAAGAGAUUUUGGAAAACAGUUUUUAAAUCCGUAAUAAUUAUUUCGAAUGAUUUUGUUUCCGAGCAUCGUUUUUGUUGUUACUUGAAACUUCGAAAGAUAUGGCGAGUUCAAUUUAUUAAUUUAAUCAUAACGGUUUAUGUAAUUUGGUUGAAUUCAGUAUAUAACAUAGGCUGUAGUAUGUAUUUCUGUGUACAUCAUUAUUUUUAUUUGAAUUCAUGAUUUUUUUCAUUUAUGAUUUUUUUCAUUUCCUCGCCUCGUUCCCAAAAUAAAAGCUAUUCUAUACUA